AUGAGCCUGAAAGCUUACGCUUCGCUGGAUGGCCAGAGGUUGGUUCACUACCAGUGCGCAGUCAGGCGUGACGAGUGGGAGCGCAUCCGAGAGGAAUUCCUUGAAGCCUUUCUGGUGCAGAAGCGCGCCUAUCGCCGAGCCAACGGCGGCUCAUGUGCUCCUUGCUUUGCAGUGGAUGCUGAGCCUCGUUUUGCUCCAGACGAUAGACGUGUGGAGGUGGCCAGCCAGAUCAGAUGCAGCCAGCAACAGCCAGUACAGCACAGAACGGUGGUGCGUCGCACCUUCAUCGAGCUUGCAGAUGACGACAGCACCGAGGAUGAGUUCGUGAUCAUCCGAGAGAGAUCCAACAGACGUGCUAAGGAUGUGAUGCAGUGGUUCGAGUCGGUGCCCCGCUUGCUAACGGAGCAGGAGUGGGAGGUGCGCGAACGUGCUGGGCUGUCAGGGAUCAGCGACUUGCGUGCCCUGGACGCGAACAUGUACACCGUCCUUAGCAUCCACAGCUGCAAGCGAGGGCCCCCGCUGGUGGCACUGGCAUCUGGCUCGGUUCGUAAAGCCUGUGCGGUUAUCAGGCCAAAUGGGUGUAGUCAUCUGAGCCAUCGGUGCUCUUGGACGCGAAUGUCAUUCGGUGAGGAAGACAGGUUUCGGUUGGCUAAAUUCAUCAAGCAAUUCGCGUUGAAUCUGGGGUUGAGCCUCGAUCCGUACAAUUCUCUGGAUGGCCGGAGCCUGGUUCACUACCAGUGUGUGGUGGGGCGUGACGAGUGGGAGCGCCUCGGAGAACAUAUCGUCGAAGCCUUCCUGGCGCAGAAGCGUGCCAUAGCGCGGGUGGAGCUGGCGAAGCACAUUCUUGUCCAGCUGCACUCGCUGCAUCUCUACAACAUGACUGUCAAAUUCACAAUUCUGCUUCAGACCGAAGGUCGCACAGAG